AUGGCCAAUGGCUCUGGGCAGCUCAACCCUGCUGCCUCGGAGAUGCAGCAUCUGAAGCGAAUGCCCCGGGUCAGGAGCUUGGUGCAAACUCGCGAUACAGAGGCUGAUGCAGAUGCUGAUGGGGUGGAACAGAAGCAGCUGCAGAAGAGGUUUGGGGGCUUUACUGGGGCCCGGAAGUCAGCCAGGAAGUUGGCCAACCAGAAGCGGUUCAGUGAGUUUAUGAGGCAGUAUCUGGUCCUGAGCAUGCAAUCAAGCCAGCGCCGGCGCACUCUACACCAGAAUGGCAUCCAGGUGAUCCCCCGAACAGCAUGUGUCCACACCCAGAACUGCAGGCCAGGAGUCAGGAUUCCUUCUUCCCUGAGGCACUGAGUGCCCACAGCCCCUCCCUGCCCAGUUGUUGCCCUCUCCUCAUGGCAUGUUUCACCACAACCCUGUUGCUACAUCAGAGUGUAUUUUUGUAAUUUCUCCAGCUAACAUUUUAAUGGCCCCAUCUUCUCCCUCAUCUUCUGCCCUCUUCUGGGGCCAGGUGAGAGGAAUAUGAAAUCAGACCUGGGGUUUUGCCUCAUCACUGCCAUAACCUGUUUGUAAAGGACCCGUUCUUUUUGACCGAUCGUUUGAAACAACUCUCUCCAUUAAACUUCUACUGAGCAAAUGGUUAAUAACCUCGUUGGCUGUUUUUAAGU